GGGGGGAGGAAAGGAAAAAGACAAAUAUGAUUUUCUCGGGUGAGUAUUUACAUAAACCCGCUGACAUUUAAAAUGUUAUAAAAUUCUAGAACAUCGCAUUAAUUUUGUGGUUUAGAUUAGAUUUAUCUACAUGGCGAAUUUCACGCUUCGUAUAAUCGACUUGGGAAACGUCCCCAAAACUCGUCUGAAUGCACCAGAAUGAAUAUUAAAACGUUUGUGAUUACGCGCUAAAUGAAAUUCGAUCGGACAUCACACCAACCACAACACAUUUUCAAAACGAUUACGAUAAUUUAUAUCCGCCGUAUUGUGUAAAAAUUCGUUUUGUUCGGUACUCCCCGGACAUUAGAAUUUCCAUAUUUUCCAUCCAUAACUAAUGCGUUUUAAGUAGACGAACGCGAUUUAACGAAAAUAAAUUUGAAAAAAAAAAAAAAUCACCAUCCGUUUUCGAAUAACCGGAGCGCGAAAUGACAUCGGCGGUUGAAAUCGACCGCGUCCGAAGGCGAACGGUUUUGUCCCGGCGCGAGCGAACGGUUUUGUCCCGGCGCGAGCGAUGGCAUUGUUACCGUCCGCUCCGCCCGCGUUCAAACCGUCCAGUUGGGACGUGCCAAUUAUGAAAACAACGUUCGGUUUUAAUCGCGUCGCCCGCUCGCAAAAUCGCGUUCGGCCGCGCGCACGCCGCAACAAGUUUCGCAAGAACCGGACGCCGGGCGCUCCGACAAACGCGCACCGUCCCGCGCACUGCGACCGGUACGCGCUACGCACCACUGCCCCGCGGCCGACGUUGUAAUCGCACCGGCCGGCGAAUGAUAACCGCGCCCGCCGUGGGCGAGAUGUCGCGGAAUGAUUGUCGUUUCGAUACGCGCGCGCGCUCGCCGUGAGCCGCGUCCGCACUGUACGGCACCGCGAACGGUAACGAUCGCUAGCGGAGGCAAAUAUGCCCGAACGUUCGGCGACGUUUUCAAUAUCCGUCCACACUGUUCGACGGAUUCCGACGCAGAGCGUUCGUUUGCGUUCGGUCAUAUGUGUGUUAUCAUUAGCGUCUUAGUAUCUUUUUCGAGGGGUUGGACGUUUUUUUUUUUUUUUUAAUACGUUUAAUUUCAAUAUCGUUAUUUUCUUUUUAAGUUUACAAAUGUGUACAAUGUCAAGUGACGAUGAUGAAUAAUUACUCGCGAGUGCGAACUUCAUAAUUUUACAUUCACUUUUAAAGAAAAACAAAAAAAAAAAACCUCGACGUCGGCGUUGGUGGAUGCUUCGGAUCCCAUAAUGCAGGGUGGUUUUCAUGAAGUUGAAUAAGUCCCAAACAAUUUUCAUCGGUCCAGUUGCACUUCUCUAUUUUUUCCAUUAUUAAAAUAUAAACAAAAUGUGUGGCCGCGCGUCUCCGUCACCGGUAACAGACUAGAAUGUUACGAUUUGCGAUGCGCGUCGACAUCGUACGUGAACAAAAACUGUUGCAAUAAUCCAAUAUUUGGUACGUCGAAAGGGACAAAAAAAAAAAAUAAAUAAAAAUUGGUACAACUGGAUAAAAGUCACUUCAUAUAUCUACCGACUUCGCUAUAUUGAUAAGCUAUUGAGCAUUUGUAACUACAUAUUUACGUUUUGGGUUUAAUCACUCGAGCGAUUUUUCAGUUGAAAAAAAAAAAAAAGCGUUUAUCGGACUCGUUUCGCACGCCAUGCCACACACGCAUACGCACGCGCACACACACGUGCACGCACACACACACACACACAAUGGUCUGAAAUGCAUUAGUUAACAUAAAAUACCGCAGUAUAAACUCAACUUCGGCAGGGCAGCAUUGUAUUAUUUCGUACUGCGUACAAUCUAUUUAAUAAAUGCAAAUUUAAAUGAAAGGUACCUGACAAUAAACUACGCUAUUAUGAUUUACGAUUGCCGAUCGGACACCUUAAGAUUAUUACAAGUGUUUUCAAGACACAGGUCAGUGGUGAAACCCGGGAGUAUCUCCGGUAUGGACAGCCCACCCUUGAAUCCUAUUGUGUAUAUAAAAACCUAUACAUCGAAUUUGUGUACUUAAUCUGGGCCUUGAUUUAGGGAAGCAAUUGAGCAUUUUGUAGUAAUAUCAAUAGCCCAGGCAUGCUCCAUUUCUCCCUCUUGAAAAAAUUAUAAUUGCAUAACCGACACAAGUAUUUAACCUAACCUAUCCUACUAUAUUACGUAGGUAUGCAAAUAUUAUAAUAAUAAAUUAUGAUCGUGAAUAAAAAUAAAUUACAUUUUUUUCACGUAUUUUUAAUGUUGCUUCAGGGUUACCUACCUGUUGACACACAGAUUUUCAUGAUAUUUUUUUAAAACUGAAUUUUAUCCAUUCCGAUACAGUUUUAGACUGUUAAAAUACAUCUUAUUACUUUAUACACAAUAUAAACAAUAACAAUACAAGUAAACAAAAAAAUGAAUGAAUGCGUCGUCUGGAGUAUUAUGAAAUGUGUAUUCUACGAUCGGUUUCGAAUUGAAAAUUCAUCGUCAGGUGAAACCACGAAGUCAAAAAGUAAAACGCGACUGAAUGUGAAAACAUAAAUGAGGGAAUACAUAUCAAAAAAUUUAUAAAAUUGGUCGUUUUAUUAAGAAAUAAUUUAUUUUAAUAGGAGAGACUAUUUAAAAUGAGUUGUUAUUAGACAUGGAUAUAUUAAGAUAAAUAAAUUGUUAGGUUAUUAUUUAUUACCCAAAAUGUAUUAAUACAAGAUAAUAUUAAUUUUAAAAUCGGUUUGAACAUUUAAAAUAUUAUUAAAUUAAUUAUUAUUAUUUAUUAUCCUAUUGUAUUGUAAAAUAUUUGGAUAUAACGCAAUAAUUGCAUACUCCUAUGUAUUAUAUAUUUUCUUUAAUAACAUUUUUUGCUAAAACGAUUGUAGUCGAAGUUUGAUAUUAAAAUUCUUAAAAAAAUAAUUCUAUAUUACUCUCAAUUUUUUUUUUAACCAUAAAGUACGACUUAUAUCGAACUAAUUGUUAAAUUUUCUAGCAUUUCUGUUUCGUUUAACAAUUUUAUUUACAGAGUACCUAUCGACCUAUCGAACAGAAAAAAAAAAAAACAUGUAAAUAAAAUAUCUAUAAAUAGCUCAAAGUAGCUAAAAUGUUUUUAAAAUUUUACCACGUUUAGAAAAGACAAAUAUAAGUUUUCUGUUCAAAUUUUAAGUCUCUACAAAUAUUUUUAACCGAAUAAAAACAAAACAAAACCAACGAAUUGAAAACAUGUCACAUUUUUACAGUUUUUACCCAUUUAUUGGAAAAACUGCUGGGAAAAUUAAAAAAAACGAUCUUUAAGUAUCACCCCAGUCAGAUCGUAAGUCAAAAUCGGAACAAAAAUGUUGGUAGAAAAGUUGUCCUCGGGGAAAAAAAAACAUUAUUGUAAAACCAAUCGGUACAUUCCUCGUCCGAUCAGAAUCUAAAAAUGUAGUAAAGGAAGACAUUUGAGGUAAUGACCCCUCUGUAUGUGUCAUUGGUUUAAAGUUUCUACCGAUUUCUUUGAACAUCUGAAAUUCUGAGAACAUUGAUUAGGUACAAGGUACAAAGUUUACGUAUAUUGUUUACUCUUGAUAUAACUUUGAUUUAUGUAUCUUAUUCAGUAUAUUAGUGUGGGUGUAGGUUUAGGUCGUUCGUGAUUAUAAACAUAGAAAAAAAAAAAAAAGAAACGAUCAAUCAUCGAGUGAAUCCAUGAUAUUUAUUUUUCACUCCAACUGUUCGUCGGCCUUAACCGUAUGCAAUGCGUUGCGUAUCAUCAUUGUUUUUGAUAUGUUUAUUACCGAUCUCCUAAGCGUGUCCGGGAAUCGAUCGGGCCUGAUUUCAAUUAGUUCAAGGUUAUAGGUGUUCGUAUUUAAUUAUUCAUGGCGGACAAUAGAGAGGAAAAAAAAACAAACAACCGUAGCCUAUGGCGCCUGCUACGCCUGCGAUAUUAGCAGUUUACAAAUAUCCGAGUGUUUUUUUACGCAAGUGCGAUAUAACGACCACACGCAACUCGUCGUGUUCCGUUCGUCCAUUUCGACCGUUAUCACGACAGGUCGGUUGUUCGACACACGUUUGUGUCGAAACGGAGCGCGGAUCCAGUGACCGCGGACGGGUUUUACGGGUAAAAAACACCACGCGCGUUUCGUGCAAUUUACACAGGCACCGGCCCGGGUUCGCCCGCGCAACAAGCGCCCGCGUCCGCGUCAGCGUCGGGGUCCGGGCGUUGAAGCCGGAGACGCCCGGCGAUCCGCGCCGCCGUCCGUGUCGGUGGUGCCGGUCAGCGGCGGCGGACGGGGGUCGAGGUCGCGCCGACAUUACCGGGCGGGCCCCUCCCCCCCCGGCUACGCGCGCACAGUGUCCGAUUAAGUUUAUGUCAUCGCCGUGAAUUUUCGUCGGCUUCGCGACACGCCAAGACGGCCACGCCGGGCGAGGCGUCCCCCGGCCGUUGCACGAUACGAAUAUUACCGUUUUUUAUUAAUUAUCUUUCGGGCGUAUACCGCCGCCGCGUGCGAGUCCCCCGGGUCGGCUUUUCGCUUCGGUGAUAUUUCGCUGCGAUAAUCGCCGCGGGGCGAAUCGACGGCCUUUGUUUUUGCUCCGGUGAUAUCAUCGCGCGCCGACGAGACUUCAGGCGCGUGCCGCCCCGGCGGAUCCCCCCCCGGUACGGCGCCGUUGCCGUGCGUCCACGCCGUAGUUACCCGCGCGCUCAUUUGUCCGCGUUGUCCGAUUUCUGUGCGCCGCGCGGUUCCCCGGCUAUACGGUAGGGUCCGGGCGGGCGGCUGGCCAGUCUGCGCGCCCCGCGGGGCUAUUGUAAACGAUUACCGUUGCCGUUCGUGUUCGCGCCGAUCGGCGGUACGCACUGCGACGACUCGUUUACUUCCGGGGUACCGUUUGUUUAGCGUUGGGCCCGAUUCACACUUGUCGGACACGUACCGGCAGACACCGUACCGUACUCACACUGUCGAUCCAACAUCGUUUCGUUUCCGACAACUUUACCGUGUACCAUUUGAAAUGUGUUUAAACAAUUUACGAACCGUGAUUUGGCAAUGAUCGCCAUUGCUCCGGUAACAAUAAUAAUAAUAAUAAUAACAACAACAACAAUUAGUCAAUAUUACCGGGCAUGCCUAUAGAUUUCGAGACUUCAUUCCAGCACGGUUCUUUAUACGCACAUGGUCACUAUAUUUUUUUUCGCGUGACAAUGCAUAGAGAGAGGCGUUCCGGUCCUCUGACGAGUUCGGUCAAUAACUCGGGAAGUCCGCGGGAAUAUUAAUUUAGUUUAAACAUUUAAAUAAACAGUAAGAAAAUACGAGACGGCGUUUACCCGGACGGCGAAUGCCAGCGAAUGACGGCAGACGGAUAAAAUGUGUCCGUCGUUCAUUCGCACGCGUCAGUCAGACGUGUUCCGACCCGUUCGGACACGGGCCGUUCCGGCGAAACAUCCUCGCGCGGAACGUCGCACGGACGCCGCCGGAUCGCGGGCACGCGCGCGAACGGAACGGAACGUUCGAACGCGAAUCACCCGUGUUUCAACGCGUAUUAGAAUAUUUCGCGGCACGGUGUCCGUCGGUACGCGUCUGACGAGUGCGAAUCGGGCUUUGCCGUUAUUUUUCACCCCGUAGCAUUGCGUAUACACCCGCACGCGCACGGACGCACGUCACGCCACUGCGGCGUUCUCCCGACCACUUCAACCCACGUUGUUCACGGGUCCGCAAAAAAUGACAGGGCGACGCGAACCGCGGGUUGAAGAUUCUCGACGCAGAGGGUGUUGACCAAUUGUCCUCAGUCGGGCAUUUAAAAAAUGUAUUAGCUGCCCUCAACCAAAUGUAUCAGUCAGGGGCGUCUCCGCGUAGGGGGAGGGCGAAAUAAUUAAAUUUAAAAUUAAUGAUUGAUUAAAAAAAAAAAAAAAGACGGACAUACUUUGCACGAUGGGUGGACCACUGUUAUAGAUGAAAAGUUGAGAAGGUAAGAUAUUGAGGGAAACUUAAUGUAUAUCUGUACCUAAGCAAAUUUAAGUAUUGUCAACAAAAAUGAUUCUGAGCGGAGCUCGGUUAAUAGUUCUGCUCGGGGUCGUCUUCGGGUCAAUUCCAUAGGAAUCCGGAUCAAUCAAAAUCUUCAGAACAAUUUUUACUCUUGAAUAACACCGCUUUGGUCAACAAAACCUUAAAACCUUUGUGUUUGAUGUCAUUUCAACAUUUCUAAGUUAAUAUAGAUUAACUUAGAAAAUUGCAGAUGUAUUUUACAAAUAUAGUAAAGUAGUACAAUUUAAAAGUUAAAUUAAUUUUUUAUUUACAUUAAACAAUUAAUAAUUAAAAAAAAUAAUAUGAAUAACAAAAAUAAUAAUAAUAACAAUUAAUAAAUAUUAGAUGACCAAAUCCAAAAUAAUUUUUCAUUUUAAGUAGCGCUUUCCAACAAUUUGAUCUAGAAUAUUUUAAUUUCGAUAUAUAUUUAACCAUUAGGUUAGUACCUAUAUUUCCUCAAACUUUUCACCUUUUUUUUUUUUCUGAGAAACUACAAUGUUUAUUACUUAUCAUUGAAAAUAACAUAUUUAUUAUUUUAUUAUAUGUAUAUAUUUUUUUUAUAUCCACUACGUGGUGGCGUCAUAUUUUUACCUCCUUUGCUAUUAAUACGCUAGUUUUUGUACGGUGAUCAUGUAAAUAAUUAUAAUAUUUUGAGGGUAACUGUUAUUUGUUGAGCAAUUGUAUUGAUUUUCCUGACGUAGAGCCCAAAUCCAACGAGGAAAGCAAAAGGAGGAAAAGGAUGUUUGGCGAGGAGUUGGUCCGGAAAUUAUAUACGAGAAUGAGAUAGUGUGAAUGUUUGUGUGUUGUCAUUCGGUCUGUUAAUAUUAUGAAUUUUAUAUAUUUGAUGUACAUGAUUAAUUAUUGUAUCAUACUAAAGGUAUAUUUUAAAUCUAAUGACUUUCUAUCUUAUCUAAUCAAAUAUAAUGGCAUACAAUUCACUCCAGAUAAUAUAAUAAUAAUAAUAAUACAAUAAAAUAUUAUAUAUUAUAGAAGAGUAACAUUAAAAAACAACAUCGUACUAUUUACCCCAAUCUUAUUUUUGUUAUGUUCUUAACAGUGUAAACAGUUUAGUAUAACUUUUAUUUUUAAUAUAUUUUACAAUUUUUUUUUGAACAUAACAAAAUAAAAAAGUAUAAAACCAAAUCAAAUUUUGACGAAAAUCGUAAAUAUUUACGUCUCUUUUUUAGAGACGCCAGACUUCUUUUAAGAACGUAUAUAGUUUAAAGUUUAUUGCCAAAGAAAAAAAAAUUGUUUUGUUUAUUUGUCCGUUUGUGGUAUAAAUGUACGUUUAAAAUUAUGCUUUGACCCUAUCAUUUAUUACUCCAUAUGCAUCAUAGUAAUUUAAUAGUUUAUUAAGUACCAUGGAUUAUGAAAGUAUAAAUAAAUAACCAUAGUUAAACAGUGUAAUAUUAUGCGAUAAUUAUAUUUUGUAAAUAAAAAAAGUAACAUUAAAAGUCUAUACAAUUUUGUACUAAUUCUUUAAUUUCUAGACGACUGUGGGGCUGAGGAAGUAUGGCUCGUUCUUUUUCCCGUGUUAUUAGGCACCUAUAAUAUGUUAACUUCUUAAAGUCUCAUAUACCAUUAGCAUGAGGGCCUGCAUAUUUAAACUAAUCAUAAGCAUCUUAAUUAGAAGUUUAUGCGUCAUAAUAAAAAUACGCUGCGCGCAACUUGAAUGUGGUUUGACAGAUACACCGUCAGAAUAUGAGUGGCAUGAAAGAAUACAAUUACCACGUGAAAUAUGUGAAUUGUUCACUGGAAUAUAUCAGAACAGCGGUUCAUACAGAAAAAAUAAUGGUUCCGGUAGUCUAAAUGGAUAAAUUUAUGACGAAUAAUGUCAACCUCAUGAAAGUUAAUGGCAAACACGCGCGAAUAUUACAUUCAUAACAACAUUGAAAAACUAUGUAGACCAACUUCUAUUCAAAGACGAGUCUGUGUUACACUUAAUUUAUUUUGACCAUUAAGCAUGACUUAUAAUGAACCUCCUGUCAAAUCUUCUUUUUAGUCUAUCAAUUCUAUCACAGCGAGUUCCUACCAAAUAAAAAUUACAUGAAAUACUUGCAAAAUUAAAAUAUCUAUAAUUAGCUCAAAAAUGGCUCAAAUAUUUUAAAAAUUUUACCACAUUUGGAAAAAGUAAAUAUUUCAAUUUAUUUUUCGGGGCCCCCAUUAGACCGGGGCCCUGGUCUCGCGCUCCACGUGCUCUUAGUGUUAAAACGUCACUGAUGCCUCCAAAUAUGGAAUUUACCGACUUUAAAAUAGGUUUUUACCAAUAUUCUUUUGUCCCAUGAUACAUAAGUGAUAAAUUUAACCAUAAUAAUAUUACGGUAAUCAUUGAUUCAAUAAAAUGAUAAAACACAAAAAACUAAGUUUAUUUAAAUUAUCCUUGAAUUGUUUACCCAUCGGUCUGAAUAUCUAAGUUCAACGAGAAGGGAAUUCCACCUCCGUCUUUAUUCCCGGCCUUGAAUGACAUAAAAUUAUAUGAAAUCUUAAGGUUCGUGAAUUUUUUUUUUUUUGCUUUUGCGUCUCUCUUUUAAUAUUUAUGAAUUUCCAAGCACUGAACAUAAGUAUAAUCUAUUAUUAUAUAUUAUUAUAUAGCUGCAGGUAUAUGGCUAGAAUUGGUCAAGGCCAAUAAUAAUUAAUCAAAUUCAAAGUUCACCCAUAUUAAUUGCCCAACAGCAAAAAUAUUGAUUUCGUUUGUCGGAUCUUCUGUAAUACGUUGUGCCGAUACGUAUUUAUAUUAUUCCCGACGUAACGUUUUACCCGAACAAAAUGUAAUAACAUUAACACCUGCACAAUUUAGAUUUAAAAAUACAAUAUUAUUAGGUAUUACCUAUAUGUAAUAAAUGUAACAACAUGCAAUUCGAUUAGGUGUAUAAUAUGUGAAAAUCAUAGAGUAGGUAAAUAAAAUGCACGUUUUAUCAUUAUAAUAUUAAUAGAGUAUUUUAGAUUAAUUAAUACGUUUUUAAUGAAGGCGUAGAGUGUACCGUAUAAUCACUAAUCGGUGAAAAAAGUGGUGGAAACGGAUUCUUUCAAUACGAUGCCACGAUGUCUGUGUGUACCAAGCCAAGUUCAGAGUGUGCUGUUUAUCGGGUUUGGUAACGAACGGUCGUCACGUGCUGUCGCGCUCAGAUUAAAUGCUUCGAAUUACUAAAAAAAAAACCGGGUAAGUCUUAAUAUAAUAUUAAAUUCUUUUUCUUUCAUUUUUCUUUUUACAUAGAAAAAAAAAAAAAAAACCAUCCGCGUGUAAAUAUAAUAUAACUAUAAUAGAAUAUUUUUCAACCCGAUAGACGUAUUAUUAGGUAUGUUUUAAUAUUUUACGUAGCUCGCCUGUGUCGUAAGCACGUUAACAGUCGUAGUAUCGAAUCAAAAGAAAUAAAUACACAGGUUUAUAAUAAUAGUAUCGUAAUAAUUAUGGCCGUGUAAAUUUUAAUAUCGUAACGUCGUGCUUUGGUCGAAUUUCGGAAACGCUUAUUUUCGGAUUUAAAAAUAGGCACACCGACCAAUAAUGUUUUAUCGAACCGUACACAACAAUGCAAUAUUAUAGAAUUCCAAACGGUGUAUGUUUAUUUUUUUUUGACCGACUAAAAAUGUUCUAUAACUACGCGAUGGUUUUUCGUACAGACUGUUCGUGGGCAUUUUAAUUUAAUACUAAUAACAGUAUUAUUGCUGUUCUAUUCGGUACUUCUAGGUCCUGGCGAACAAUUAUUUUUAACGAUUCGAUCAAAAUAAUAAUUAUCAAUAAAUACCCGUCUUGGUGAAUAAUGACGAUAUUCGAUAGUUAUAUUUCAAUAAUUAAUUGUUUUACACGCUCUUAUACGGUUAAAAAUCUAACGAGCAUGAUAGGCACACCUAUAGAGCUGCUGCAGAUUACACUAUAUAUUAUCAAAAAUCGAUUGGUAUUGCCCAUUUCACUUACCUAGGUAUCUACAAAAUCAAAACUUAAAAAUAAAAUCACGUACCGUCACUCAUUUAAUAGUAUAACGAAACCCGCGUAUUUCAUCCAUAUUUUUACCGAUAAUCUUACACCUAUCACACCCUGCUCGAGUCGUUUUCAGAAUGCAAUUAAAUACUUACAUCAAAAAUAAUAUGCACACAAUCGCUCAACAUAAUACCCGUAUGUACCUGUAUAUAUAUAAAAAAAAAAAAAUGAAUAAAUAAAAACUUUAAGUAGUACAAUAAUAUAAUAUACUUUUGAAAAAACAAAUAAAUAAAUAUAUCACGUAUAGAAAAAUAACAAAAUAAUGGUUAAGGUGUAAUGGUUGUGUGUAAAAACGACUGGUUUCGAUUAAAACAAAUACAUUAUCAAAUAUAGAACAGAACAGCAAAGGUGAAAAAUAAUACGUGACUGAAUAAAAAAUCAAAACGAGAAACGUAUAGAAAAAAUACUAUUUUUUACACGAAAAUUUAACCAAUUUUAUAAUAAGAGAUUGAAAAACGCGACGAGAUGACAUAGAUUUAAAUUGUUUUUAUUUAUUAUCUAAAAAAUAUUGUUUUAAAAAUAUGUCCGUAAAUUCAAAAUAUCAUUAAACUUAUUUUUCUGAACUUUGUUAUAAAUAUGUAACUCUUCCAAUAUACAGAAUAAUUAACGUAAACGUAAUCUUGACCGUUCAACAUCUUCAAGUCGUUAUUUAUAUCAAAAUUAACGGUACGAGUAUUUACUAAAAUAUCCAUUUAAAAAUUCGACUUAGGAGAAAGUUUCAUUAAUUUUAUUUCACAGAUAUUAUUAUUAUUAUUAUUAUUAGUAUGCUUUUUAUGUCUGUACUAAUAAAAUUCCUAAUUAAUUGUGUACAUAUUACAACUGAAUUUACGUUUAUAUACUCCAGCGUUAUCAAAAGUAUGAGAUGUUUGCAUGGAGUCAUCAGCACUAUAGUUUUUCGUUUUUUAUGUGCUCCUCGUUUAGAUUUUUUAUUCAGUCGCGUAUUAUUUUUGCGCCGUUCUAUUACCGGAUGACCAUUAUUUUUUUCAAUUCGAAACCGGUCGUGCUCACACACACAAUACUCCACUUUAAUACUACAGGCUUUGUUUUAUUAUUUUUCAAUACAUAUAUAUAUAUAAAUUUAUUUCUAUAUUUUUUUAAUUUGAUACGAUCUGGUUGCAAUUAAUAAUUUUCUGUAAGACUUUAAAAAUAUUUUCAACGUAAAAUAACUAAAACAGUAAAGUUGUUUUUGAUAAUGUAUACGUACGUACCUACCAAUUAUCGUGCCUAGUAAUUAUGCGCCUGCAGGGGUGUGUCGGAAUAAUAUAAUAUGCAAGCAUAUUUUAAUAGGUACAUAAUAAUAUUAUUAACGAUAAUUUUUCGCAAGUUAAAAAUUGAUUAUUGUGUAAUAUUACACGGGUAACAGAUAAGGUAGGACCCGAAUUCGAUUACAUUUAACAUUUUCGAAGAAUACGGUGAUAAAUUACAAAAUAUUCAGCACAGAUAGAGGUAUAAGGUUUAUACUACGGUUUUGUACGGUUGACGAUUAAAAUAUUUCGCUCGUACCGGUUAUUCUUGUCUUGAAAUUCAUAAUAUCAUAACGUGUACGAAAGAUGAUCGUAAUAAACUUAUGUGGCGCAUCGCCAAUUCUACAAUAGUCUAAAGAAGUUUAGUUCAUGAUCUGCAAUAUUCAAUCGUAUAUCCACGGUAGUUCUUUUUCGGUCAUGACGAACGUGACAAAUAUUAAUGAAAAAGAGGAACGCGCCUGGUAUAGGCGUACCUGUACGUAAAUGCAAUUAUUAUAUUUUUACUGUUAAAAUUAGGUUGAGGUUGUAUUAUUAUUAUUAUUGUUAUUAUAGUCGGAUAGCAAUAACUAAGUAAUAAACAAUCCAAAAUGUAAGCCUUUACAUAACGUAUACCUAUAUAUACAGGUAUAUAUGGAGCCGAAUUUUUUAAUUAACAAGGACAGGAUUGUUUUGACGAACGCCCUUGGGUCGAGAAAAAAAAAAAUAUAAAUAAAUAAAAUAAAUUAAAAUAUUAACAAUAAUCGAACGAUUGUAACGAUAGAUUUAUAAUGUUAUAAGGUGUCGCUGCGGCGAGCGGCGGUUACGAUUUGCAAUUUUUAAUUUCAUUAUUAUUAUCAUCAUCGUCUUGAUUAUAAUAUUAUUCUCCCGUGUCUCGUGAACUAUUAUCGAUUACAAGCUGGUACAAAUUAUUACUGCAUUAUAUUCUUAUUAUAUAAAACACGUCUUAUGUAACGAGUGACAUUAUAGGUGGCCGUUAUACGCGUUAGUAUGGGUAAUUGCAGAUUAUAUUUGCUUAAUUUUUCUCAUAGCGUGAUAUAAUGAUAUUACAUUAUAUCGGUUGAUGCAACAGUACAGUAUCAUGCCAAGUAUCUAAUGUGCCGAGAUAAUAAUAAUAAAAAAAAAAAAACAAAUAAAAAAAUCAACAUGCUGAAUACUUUGUAACUAUUUUCGAUAAUGUAACGAUUAUCAUUGUUAUUGUAUAUAGAUACGCGUACAAUAUUCAACGAUAUAACGUCGUGUAAUACGUUUCGUUCAAAUCUCAAAAUUAUCUGAUUUUUUUUUUUUUAUUCGUUUGUUGUGAAUUUAAAAGAAUAAAAUAAAAAAGUUGAUUACGCAUCUAAAUAAAAUAAUUUCAUAUUGCACGGGCAUUCAGGAAUAGCUCAAGUCCGGUUUUUUUAUAUUGUGUAUCUCUCAUAAGAUUAAUUUUCAACAAUACCGAUUGAAAAUUGAGUGGGUAUACGCAUAUGGUGAUUACGUUUAUCGUUCACAAUUAAGUUUUCGCCGUUCAGUAACACGGUGUGAUAAAUUAACUUAAUAAUUUAACUCCGAGAAAGAUAAAUAGGUAUUGUAUUGUUUAUUGUCUAAAUUAUGUUAACGAAAACGAAAUGUGUAACAGUGUAACAUUCGGGGUUACGUUAUGGGUUUAAACUUUUCGUCAAUUUUAAAGUUACACGAAUCCUGGUUUUUAAGGCCGAACCCGGAAGAAACCAAAUUUUCUUGAAAUUAACGAAUCCGAAUAGAAAUUUAAAAAUCAAACGAGUGAAAAUAAUAUAUAUGUCCCCUAAAAAUAUAGGUAUUUCAAUUGAUUUUUGUAUUUCGGCUCUUUUUCAACAAAAAUCGGUUAGAAUUUGUACUUCUCUAGUUAGUUUAUUUACUAUAUUUUUAAUGUUCAUGAAUUCAACAGCAUCGAUAUUUUUAAAAUCUAUAGUAUGUUUAAUGUAAUUUUGAUGCUGUAUCACGCAUUAUUUGUAAAGUAGUUUCGAGUUGCGUUUGUGAUCGUUAAACGAAAUAAUAAAAUUUUAGUGUAACAGAUGGGAAAAAAAAAAUAGUAACAAAUUGUAUAAUAUUAAAAUAAAAUAAUAUUGUAAUGGCCGAGUAAUACGUAGUAAAACUGGCGCAAUUUGUGUAUAUUGUACUCGGCGACUUAUAACAGCAUCACACUGCAGUUAUUAUACCAUACUAUAUCGUAUAUUCGUAUAAGAGAUCAGUACAACAUUUGUAUAAGUACGUACACUGUUCUUUUUUUGUCCCGUUUCAGUUUCCGGGACGGACGACGAAUUGGUUUAGGCGCACGGGCACUUACAAUAAUAAUAUAAUACGUCUUCCCACGUUUUUUAAACCAAAUUAUUAUCAUCGCUGCACCGUAUUUAUAUACAUAGGUAUACAAACAACUGCAGCAGUAUAGUCGUCGCUUUAUGAAUGGAUAAUUGAGCGGUUUAUCAUGUUAUUUAAUCUAUUAGCGUAGUUAUAUUGACUGAUAAAUGCAGACACUUUUAUGAUGCAUUACAGUAAACCGUGCCAAGGUCAUUUAUUUCUGCAGCUGCAUAACCCCAAAAUUAUAAUAAUGAUUCGAUUUUUUUUAUCAUUAUUAUCACGAACGGAACGAUGAACUAAAUGAUAAUAUGAAUGAAUAUAUAAUGAAAUAAUAUUUAUUUAGUUGGCGAUAUUUUUGUUUCAAAAAGUCGUUAAAGAAUACCAAGCGUAAAUUUCGAUUAAAAAUUAUGUUUAUCUUUUAGGUAUGCGUAAGUAAACAUUUAUCUACAAAUUAUCAAUUGAAUGAUUCAUUGAAUAUAACUGAGACCAAAUAUUUAUUUACGUAUUGGUAAAUACGGUCGUAAUAACUAUAUAAUAACUAUAUUGAGAAUUGCCGGAAUAAACUCAAGUAUAACGUGAACAAUAUUCGAUUGUAUAAAAUUCGGUUUUUGGCAUAUUGUGCACAUUGUGCAAUAUUGCAAAUCCCUUUUUAAGAUAAAAAAAAAAAAAAAAAAACAAUGCAUGCUUAUAGUUUAUACUUGAAACAUGAAACCAAUAAUACAGUUAUUAAUUAUAAUUCGCCUAUAUUGUAGUUCUUCAGCCUUUAACAUUUUUUAUCUUCAUAUUUUGAGAAGUGUAUACAACUAGAUUCAAAAAAUAUUUUAGAUAUCCUAUUAGAGUGUAUCAGGAUAAAUAUAAAGAUGACUUGUCUAUGUUGUAAAGUGUUUUUUUUUUUUCUAAGAGUUUUAAUAUUGAAUUUUGACGAACAUCGUAAAUAUUUAUUCGCUCCGAACCGUUUUUCGUUAUCAAAUCUUCCCGAUUUCCCACCUACAACAGUGGCAUACUCGUCCCCAGUAUGUAUAUUUUUUUUAAACGAAAUCCAAUAAUAAUAUUUAAGUCGUAACAUGAAUGCGUUGUCAAUUGUUUAGAACUUACAAAAAAUAGUUUGCAAAAUAAAUCGGCAUUAUGCUAUUAUGCGAUACGAUUAUCAUUUUCGUUAUCAAAAGAAUUCAAUAACGCUGUAUUGAAUACGAGUAAUACAACAGUAAUAAUGUAUGAAUGAAUGUAUUAUUUUCAUGCUAAUUUUAUCUUCGGUACACCUAAUCUUCUGAGGUUUACUUAAAUUAUUUUAUUAACUCGGGACAAUGCGAAUCGUUAAGCCGAGUAUACGCGUGUAACAAAACUGGCAACAGCUAAGAGCGAAUCGCGUGGCAAAUGCGUUAGGUACUCGUAACUACCACGCGUAACGAGUUUGCCAAUUAUUCGUUCGAUGAUUGACAUUGAACGAAAUCAAAUAACGUUUUGUGAACUUAUUUUAAGUUGUAAUUGCGUAAAUACUCGUAUUUCGUGUUACCCGGAAGAAUGUUUUGUUUAGAUACAUUCAUAGUUACGCGCCAAUAAAUCAAACCGUGUGAAGCUCGAAUUUUUCAUAAUUGCCGUGAGCUUUAUUCUCGGUUACAAUGAUAUUAUUUUAAAUUUCUAAACACGAAUUUUAGUCUUAACGUUUGAACUGUUCGCUAAAAAAAAUCAACGCGUUCAAUUCAGAGGUUGUUGCUAUGAACAAAAAUUAGUAGAUUUCAAUAUUGGAUACUAUCAAUAAAACAUCGAAAUAAUACCAGAAAGAAAAAACAUGUAUAAAACAGCAGCGCGGGACAUGUACAUACAAGUACGGUUAUUGAUAAAAAAAAAACCGUUUAUUUUGUCAAUAAAAAAAAAAAACUUUUUUAACUGGUGAAUAAUUUAGACGUAUGUAGGUACAUUAAUAAAAUAAUUGUAUUAAUCUUUGGUUUGGUAACAAUGGCAAAUCAACGAAACAUAUAAACGAUACCUACUGUCUAUCUCAUAUCUCGAUAGAUAAAAUUUCAUUACAAAAUAUUGAUGUAAAUUUGUUACGAGUUGCCUACGAGUUGUUAAGGUUGCCAAAGUAGUUUUUAAAAAAUACUCGGGCAAACAAACCCGAUUAUUAUAUUAUAAAACACAUAAUAUGUAAAUUAUAUAUUAUAAUUCAUAGUAACUGUUUUUUGUAUACAGUUAAAUUUUCUACAGAUACUACUCAUACUACCCAUGUACGUUUCUCACCACUGGUACCACCCAUCCAACCACUACUAAAAAAUGGUAUACAUUACCACUAAUGGACCUGUAUCCUGAGCUCGGCGCCACAGAUACAAGUGAUAUAAUGGUAUUGCUAAAUUGUAAAUUACAAUAUAAUAUUAUAUCAGUAUAUGAAUCAUUGAUAAUUACACUAUCUAUCCAAAUGAACGAUAAAUGAACGAAACAAAGUCGUUCACAUUCGUCUAAGAAUUGAAUGCGUUCAUAAGCCGUUCACGAAAUAUCGAACUCGUUCAUUCCAAACACUGAGUUAAGGCAUAACGUCUUAUAUCCACGUCUUGUUAGAUUUCUGAACAUAAAUUGACUACUAGCCAAUAUUAAAUAUAAUAUAAAGUGAAAAUGUAAGUAGUACUUAAAUAAUUUUAAAAAAUGUCCUGUCAACUAGGUAACAAUUAAGAUUUUUAUUUAUACACAUAAAUAUAAUAAUAUAACAGAGUACCAAACUCUUUUAAAAUUGUACACGGGACUAUAGUGUAUAGUUUAAAAUACGUUUAGAAACUGGGAACUUAGUCGCUCGCUCCUAACUUGUUUUUAUAGUAACAGCUAGUACCUAUAGGUAUAAUAAAUUAUUGAAUUUCGUUACGCGAGAUUCACGUCUAUCGUUUAUGUGUACAACAUGUAUAUAUUUUUUUUUAUUCUUGUAAGGAGAUUAACGGGAAUAACCAGAAAGUUUUUUUUUAUAUUAGGUUCGUCUGCGAUUUGAUCCGUAGAAAGUGUAUACGGUAAACCUAUUUCAAUCGUUAAUUCCUAUAACGAGGGUUAGGUUAGGUAGAUCUCGAUCACUCUGAUCCGUAAAACCAAACCGGAAAACUAUAAAAUAUUCAUACGCCCUGUGGGUACUCCGGCGCGCAGUGGUGUAUUUGUAAAACAAUUCUUUUAAACUCAACUAAGGUUAUCUUGUAUUUUUUUUUUUUUUUUUUUAAUAAUUUAGAAAACUAAAACGAGCACUGAUGAACUGCUGACGGGUGUGCCACUGUUGUAGGCAGGAAGUAGAGAAGGCAGGACACAUGGUGUAUAGUUAAUCAAUUUAUAUAUGUAUAACGAAAAACGAUUCUGUUAAACACGUUAUGAAAUGCUCCAAUUUUUAAGAUUUUUUUUUUAACUUUCUAAACAAUUUUGAUCACAUAAAACUAAAUGAAAACUAAAAUAACUAGACAUUUUCAAAAGGUUAUCUCGAAAAAUCGCCAUAAUGUGUUGAAAAUAUUUCUGUGCAUGAAAAAUGCUAAUAAAUAAGUACUAUAUAUUUUCUGGUCCCUACACUUUUAAAAAAAUAACACAAUCAAGUAUAACGGAACCGUUGUUACGUACAUUCAUCCGUUUUUCGCCAGUUAUUAAGUAGAACACUACAAAGUAAAUCAAGAAAUGACCUGAUGCAAUUGAAAAUCGGAACAGGAUUUUUUAUCGAAAAGAUAUAGAAGAAAAACAGAUAUAGGAGAAAAAAAACAUAUUCUAGUAUUCGCUGCGCUCUAAAUCUAAAAUUUAAUGUAAUGAAAUUAUAAUAACAUGUAGGUAUCUAUCGUAGGUAUACAUCGUUUCGCGGACUGUUCGGUGCCGAUUAACAAUUAACGCCGUACAGCGUACGCGCGUUCCGCAAUCGAUAAAACUCAUUAUCAUUUUAAUUUCAUCUGUUUCGUAGUCGACAGCUAUGCCGACAAGGCCAAAGCAUAUGUUUUAUGCGGCCGACGAAGUUCCGAAUGAUACGCAUAAUAAUGUAUAUAAUGUAUAGGCACACAGUAAAUCAAAGUCCGUUUCGUGCAGCGCCCAACACGUAUAAACAAACGUCAACCGAAGUGAUAAAUUCGUUCACUAAUUAUUAAGUAUUAUUAAAUUCUCCUGCCCCCGCUCCCCCGAUAAUUUUCCCGGAAGAAAAUGUUUCGUAUAAUUCUUAUACAAUAUAUUGUAUUAUAUGUAUUUUACAUUAGCGAAUAUAGUCCGUGCUAUAAGACUCGAUUUCCGUUUUAAAAAUAUUAUCUCCGGAAUUAUAUCUGUUGUGUUGUCUUCUCGAAACGACGCAAGCUCGAUAAACGAUCUUACAGUACAAGAUAAUAUAAAAGGUAUACGAGAUCGAGAUUUCACGUUCUCCUACUCGUACUCCCACGAAGUCCGCGUCCGUUAUAGCUGUCGAAAAUACCUAUCUGUCUACUUAUCCGAGAUUUCCGAUGACUAAGCGAUUAUCGAUAAUAUUAUAGUCCAUUAAAAAUUAAAAAAUAUACAGUACUAUAUUCCUAUGAUUUUUAAAUUCCUAUGUAGUAGUUAUGUGCACUUUAUUUGCACCAGUAGGUUUAACUGUCAUGAUUUCAUAUUUUUAAAAGUUUAUUUGUUAUAAUUUACACGCGUGUUGCACAUUUGUUGAUAAAUUUAUAGGAUUAUUGUUGGAAAAUUCAAUAAUUUAAAUUGAAAAUUCGAUUGACUGUAAUUCGGCAAAUUUUCGAGAUGAGAGAAAAGUUUAUUUAUACAAGUUUUUUUUUUUUUUAAAAGAAUGCAAGUUUUAUUACGCAUGCUGCGCACACUGAGAGGGUAAGAAAUUUGAAAAUCCAUACAAAAUGUGUAUUUUUGUAUUUCCUAUCUUCUCUUGAAAACCCCAUUUCAAUCCGAGGUCAUUGAACAGAAAUAUUGCGUGUUACCAUUUGAGUAAAACGCACUGUAUAUAUAUAUUUUUUAAACGAGUGUACCACCGUUGUAGAUGGGAUUUUGGAAAGGUACGCGACGAUGAAUCAUUAUAUUACGGUUAAACACGUUUUGAAAUGCCGUUAUUUUUACGAUUUUUAUUCGAAUUUGAAUUUAAAACACGUACAUAAAAAAAAAAAAAACUUUACUUUUUUUACCACUAAACACAACUAAUGAACCUCGUUUAAAAUGUUUGAUAAAGUUUUAGGUCUUUAUGGUUAUUUUUAGGCAAAUUACAAAAAAAAAAAAAAAAAAACCAAAUCGAAAAUAACGAAACCGUUUUUUGUUGAUUUAUUCUUUUUACAAAUCUACAGUUUUAUUCAGAUUUUGAGGAAAUUCGGUACGCUCGAUUUUCAAAAUAAGGGCGAGGUUACUGUAUCAACCACUAAAGGUGUGUUCGCACAUGAUUGUGGGUCUAAAAAUCACGAAAAUUGAAUUUGUGUUGUUCAUUUCUAGAUUACACGAGUACCACCGCGGUUAUUUAAAUUGACACGGGAAACGCCAUCGAUAAAAAUCUUAAUUUAAACAUUUAAGUUAGUAUUAUAAUUAUUGAAUUUUAUUUUUUUAAAUGUUACGAAAAGAUACUGUAACUUUGGGUAACGUUUUAGAUUAGAGGAGGCAUUUACUGUCUCAGUAGUCUAACACUAAUGGAUAACAUAGAACAAUUACCGUAUUUAGUACAUAAAUUGUGACAUUUUGGUUGAAAUAUUAAAGUUCAAAGACAAUCAACUAAAUUUGGUCAGUAUAGGCACGUUUCUGUUUUACUAAAAUAUUGUCAAACUAAAAAUCAACGCAUAUUAAAAUAUAGAAAAUUAACACGGCUGUAUAAUUUGUGUUAGACAAUUGUUUAAAAAAACAACGUAUAGCCCUCGAAAAUAUUCUCAUCUUUGAAUAUAGUUUAAGCUCGUAAUUUCACCCUAAACGUCACAGUUGAGGUUAUAAUUAUAGUAAUAUUAAUUUUGUUACGUUGUCCGUUAGACAGAGACAAUAAUUGCAGUUAGGCACAUUGCGUCUUUUUGACCGAGUACCUAUUAUUUGACAAUUUAUAUUGAUUUUUGUUUUAUAAUAUAAUAUUAACGCUGCUGGUUUAUUCAGAUUUCAGAUAUAUAGGUAAAUAGUUUUGAUAUUUUAAAUAAUAAUUAUGCUUUUUUUUUUUCCAUUCUACUGUAACAAUACAAAAUGCAAAUUUUCGUCAUGUGUGACCUACGAGUGUCAUUGUUUAAAAUGAUAAGGUCAAAUAAUAUAUUUCUAGUUACUGCGAGAGGACAGGUUUUUUAACACUAUAUUUUACCGCGUGCUGAUGCUGUAUAUAUCAUAAUAUUAUAGGUACUAAAUAUAUUUAUACAUUUCAAUUAAUAUUCAUUAGUCGUCUGUCGUUCAACCGUAUAUUUUUACUCGGCGCGUGAAGUUUUUGACAUUUAUCUCAAAUUCUACGUGUAUAAUAAUCUUUUUUUGUUUUUGUUUUUGUUUUUGUUUUUUUAGAAACAGUCGUUAACAUCACCAGGCAUGCUCAGAAUUGAACGGAAUAUGCCAAUUGUAUGAAUUUCCACGAUACUACGUUUCUUACACUGUAAUCCAACCUUCGAGGUGAGAUAAUAAUACAUUAUGUGGUUUUUACAUUCUUAUCGAUUUGUUUAAACAUUUUAUUAUUUUUUUUCAGCUAAACAAAUAAUAAGUAAAUAAAUCACAAAAAUGGAUUCAAAAAGUAGGAGGCCUUCGAUGGCGAAGUCGAUUAUAGACAGUAAGUUAUACACACAAUUAAUACGCAUCGUUAUGAAUUAUUGUAAUGCUAAUAUCGAAAUUGUUUGGUUAUUAGGCGCCACUUCAAAAAGGUAUAUGAUGGCAAUCAUGGGAUUUAUUGGGAUCGCCAACGCAUACGCCAUGAGAUCGGUGCUCAGCGUAGCUAUUACGGAAAUGGUAACAGACAUCCAUAAAACGGUCAUAGAUCCUAACGGAUGUCCGGGACCUUUAAAAAUGAAGAAUACUACGAAUAUAGUAUGCAUACCUGUUUUGUUUAUCCAUCGAUAGUUUCUAUAAUUUACUGUACCGAUAACUCCUAUGCUAAUUUUUCCGAUAACAUUGUACUACUAUUGAAUAUAUUAUAAAAAAAAAAAAAAAAAGUAAUUUUAUUUUUAAAAGAACCUAAAUACUGCCACUUUUGAGUACGUUUGCCUAUUAUAGGUAACAUUAUAAAAAUUAAUCUGCCAUAAGUUUUUGGCCGUGUAAUUUAAUGACAUACUAUUAGAUAAAGAUUGCAGACAUCUGCAGCUAACCGUAAUAUUGCUGUGGGUUAAGAUUAGUAGUAGAGUGGGUUUCGAAUAAUACUUUUUUUUUUUUUUUUUUUUGCGCUAUAAAUUUCAUCGAAAUCGUUUUAUACUCUACGGUUAGGUUAUGUUAGGUUAACGACUAAUAAGGUUAGUUAACCUUUAAGGUUAUCAACUAAUUUAUUGAUUAAAAAUUGCUAAUUAGUACCUACAGUGAUACAAAAAUAUAAUCGAGCUAAAUCGUACGAGUGAAAUGAACUUUUAUAGUUUUAUCGAAUGAAAAAUACCGUUUUUAUCGUUCAAUUGGGAUUAUAGAAAUCAGAUUAAAAACUUAAGACUCGUGAGCUUCCGCAUGGGUUUAACUGGGUAAUGUUACAAAAACACCUGUGAAAACGAAUCCGUCGUUUAUUUAAUUUUUGAGUUCAUUGAUAUUUUUUCUUUUUUCACUUACCAUAGUUUUCUUAUUGUUGUAAAAUCGUUUUAGGACAAUUAUUCAAGUGUUUUUUAUCCGAUCAGUACGGAAAAAUCUCGAGAAAGUUUACAAUAAACGUAUUUAAAAUCGGUUACGAAAUAUAUGUACACACAAUUUCUCGUGGGUAAAAAAUCUAUAAUUUCAUUCAUGCAACCGUUUUCUAAUUUUUUUUGGUAAAAAAAAUAUUAUAUUCGUCCAAGGGCCUUUACUGGAUUAUAUUGGUAUAUUUAAGUAUUUUGAUAAAUGAUUCAUAUCAAAUAUAUUAUGUAGUUAUUUCAAUGUAGAUUAUAAUUUAAUAUUUUAAUAAAAUGUUGAUAGUUAAUUUUGCAUUGUUAAAAUUAUCAAUUCAAACUACGAUUCGAAUAAAAUAAAUGUAUUCCGUAAUUGUAUAAGUAUGCCGAUUCCCUUUCUUUUUUCUUUUUUUUUUUUAACGAAUUAUUAAAUUAUUAACAGCAACAAAACCCUGUGUACAUUAUUAAUACUGUUAUAUACACUGUUAAUAUUUAUUUUAAAAUGAUUUGAUGAUUUUAAUGAUUUGGAAACGUAUUUCGGUCAGGUUAGGUUUAAUCAGUAUUAUUAUUGGUUUUCACAAAAAAAAAAUUAUCUUUGCAGGACGCCGAAUUCGAUUGGUCAGAAACUCUGCAAGGGCAUAUCCUCGGUGCUUUCUAUUACGGUUACGUAAUCGCUCAAAUACCCGGUGGUAUGCUUGCGCAAAAAUACGGAGGAAAACACGUGUUCGGUGUCGGUAUUUUCCUGACGGCGGUGCUCACUUUAUUGACGCCACUAGCCGCCAGAAUCGGGCCCGGUUACAUGAUCGGCGUCAGGGUACUGGAAGGUAUCGGCGAAGUAAGUGACGUCAAACUUAUUACCUAAUACAUAUAUUAUUAAGGAAACCGUUUAUUUUACAAUCGAGUUUCUAUUUUCAAAAGAUCACCUAUCUUAACAGUAAAUUUUUUUGAGCAUCAUAGAACGUGUGUAAAUUAAAUAAAAUCACUUUGUAAAGAUGACGGCGACACAUGCGCUGUCUCCGUUUUACAAAUAUGCGAUAUAGCAAAUUGCAUUUAGUAGAAACAUCUUUGUGUUGCUAGUUUUAAUAUCAGAGUAAACUAAUAAGAACGUUAUUUAUACAACAACGUAGACUUUAUUACGAGAUUUUAAUUUUCAAGCGAGAUGUAAGCGAGAUACGAAAGAACGCAGUUUAAAAAUUCAUAUAUUUCGCUUAAAAAUUAAAAUAUUAAAAAUAAACCGUCGUAUAGCUGCGUUGCAGACUGCAAAUAAUGUUUUUACCUUUAAUUUUUGAUAAUUGACCAAUUUAUUAUAAUAUUAAAACAAACAGCAUCAUAAAGUUAUUCCCGCUGAACGUAAAUUUGCUGUCGUAAGUUCGUCUUCUGAAGGUUAGGUCCAUACAAAUCAGAAGGCUGCAACAUAAGAAAUUCACAUGUAUAAAUUAAUCAAACCAAUUUUUAAGGUUAUUUGUUAGAUGAAAUCAGAAAGGAUGUUUGGUUGGUAAAAAAUAAAAUCCACUUCACUAUGAACUAUAGUGGACGAAAAUAAUCGUUAUGAAAUUCUCGGACUAUACAUUUUAACGAAAAACUAUAUAAUUAUAAUCUCUAUAUUAUGUUAAUCGGUAGGUUGUAAAACGAUGUUUUUAAACGACGCUACCGUAAUUAUUUAUAGUUACAAAACUGAUCGAGUUGUGUAUUUUUUUAUGACUUAAGUCCAUCCUGAUUCUGGUUUAAAGAUCCGAAGCCUCAUCGCGGUUGAGUCUGACUAGCAAUAAUAAUAAUAAUUCACAUGAUACGGGUACCUAUUGCGUUUGCGAUACAAUGACGUCGUCGUCGUUAUUCUUGUACGUUCGUAUCCUAUCAAUUAAUAUUAUAAACGCGGUUAAUUUGUUCGGACGGAUGAACGCUUGUUAUCCAUCCAAUCAAAAACUACUGAACGGAUUGAGCAGAAACUUUGAAUAUGGACGUAGUUUUUGGCCGGAAAUAAGCUUUAUCUGGUGAUUCCACACCAGGAUUAUAAACCACUCCCCCCCCUCCCUGAAUUCAACCCCUAAAGUGAGACUGACUCAGGGUUAUUGGUUUUUUUUUUUGGUCACUAUAGUUAAUGACAACCAAGUCACGGGCAAAGAAAUACCGUAGAAAAACAAAAAAUUACCGAACAGUAACGGUUGAACUGCGAUAGUACGGGGCGGAUAUACGAGGAGACACGUUUUUAUAUUUUUCCAUUUUUUUUUUUUUUUUUUCGUUCGUUUAACACUGUAUACGGACAAAACUGUGCGAGACAGCUAGUACAAUAUAAUACAUCUGUACAGAAAAUCGAUUGUCGAUACGUUUAAGACAAUAUAAACGAUGAUUUGUGCGUGAUGCGCAUCGAAAAAUAUAAAAACAACGACAUAAUAAGUCAAUGCAAAACAGCACGAGUGUAGGCACGAGUACAGAUUAAAAACGUGUCAGGGUAAAUCGUAACGCUGUACGAUGACAACAGCUCGCAAUCGCCCACAUCGAUUAUAUCGUAUACAUUUUAAAUUUACAUCGUUUAACUCGGACGCUAUAGUUGUACAUUAUACACUACAGUGUAAUAAUAUAAUAUGGCACAGAAAGAAAAAUAUUAUACCUACUCGAAUACUUAUACCGUAUAGUUAUUGAAACGGAUAAAAGUUUACGAUACCUAUUGGUACAUCGCUGUAGGUAUUUCAAUUGCGUAUGACCCUUUAUAUAAUAUCAUGAUAAAACUAUCAUCGUGAUAAACAACAUACAUGAGCGAAUAUAAGUACAUAUAGUUGCUGUAUAGGAGGUACCUUAUAUUACAUGUGACGUUCGCCUUGAUUACGGGCUAUGCGCGACAAAUUUACGGGUAUACACUUUAUCGGGGUUUUGCGUUUUAAAUAUCUGUACGAGAAAAAAAAAAAACGAAUCGAAACAAUUCAAUAUCAAACAUUUAAAACUACAUACUAUUGGUAAACAUUACUGGAAAUAAAUAUUAACGUAUCAACACUAUGGGUAAACUCCAUAUCGUCUGUAAAUUUAAAUUUAACGGGUACACAAAACAUUUUCAUCGAAAAUCUCAAAUUGAACAAUUAAUAUUGAACUAGUAUGUUUUUGUUCACACCGAAGCUCAAGAUUUUUCGUCUUUAAACUAAUUUUCUGCAUAAUUUUGAUCAAAAGUCUCGUGCAGAGUUAAAUAGAAAAUUAACUACAAAUUAAACGAUGCUACCUAUCGACGGAUAACACAAAUGUUCAAUACUUGACGCCCAUCACAAAAUCGAAAACAAUUGAACCGCAAGCGAAACGAAUACUGAAAAUAAGAAUUGAAAUUUUAACCGUGACCUCUAUUUAUAAGAUAAUAUAGUUUUCGAAUGACGCAAACUGUCGUGUUUAAAUUUAAAUAAAUAAUAGGUAGGUUCUUCACUGUUCUGUAAUGACGAGUGAACUAAACGAAGCAAGUGUCCAACAUAUUUGUACGAGGUAUCUCACACUCGUUAACAUUAUUAUACUAUCAAUGCAAACUAUUUAUAAUAUUUAUUUUAUUUUUUUUUUUAUUUCUUAACCAAAAAUAAGACAGUUGAUAAAUUGAGGAGGGGGUAGUAAAUCGCGAGUUAUAACUUUAAAUAAUAAUUUUAAAUUGUUAUACAGGGUUAUCGACAUAACGUAAGACACUCAUUAUCUCGGAAAAUAUUAAUUCUUUUCGGAAUUUGUUUUUUAUAAACUGUAAGAAACACGUCGUUACAAAAUGUUAAAUUGCUAUUAUUUUUUUGUAUCAAAUUUUGACGUAAAACCGUAAAUAUAUACGGCUUUUUAAAACAUGUAUAACCGAAUUCCGAUCAAAAUCGUUUUUCGUUAGCAACGAUUAAUCGUUGCACACAGAUAUAUAGACAUUCCCCUUUAUAUUUUUCUUACCUUCCUAACUUCUCACUUAUAACAGUGGCUAUCCAUCGUGCAAAUUAUGUCCGUCUUUUUGGGGGUGAAACUUACUUUACUUUUGACUUUUAAAUAGCAACCUGUAUUCAAAAAUCCAAAAUUCGACGAGUGUUAUAGUUGUAAUACAAAAUGUAUUGAAAUAUUUGAUUUCGGUCAAUCCGUUGACGAGAUAUUCCACUUCUAAGUUCUAGUAGGGGGAGAGUAGUAGAACAUUCAAGCGCCCGCCGCCAUACAAAUUAUGCUUCACUAGGUAUUUUCCGCAUGCCAAAACUUAAAAGUGGAAUAUCUCGACAAUGGGUCUACGGAAAUCAAAAAUGUCAAUACCAAAAUGUAUUUUAACUAAUUUUCUAUAUAUUUAUGGACAUUUUAAUAUAGGUUGUCAUUUAAAAAAACAAUGUAAGUUUUACUCCUAAAAAUAAGGGCGAUAAAAAAUAACAUAAAUGUUAAAUUGUAGAUUUACUUGUUUCUUAAAUGUUCAAGAGACAAAUUACGAAAAAAGUCAAUGAUUAUUAUUGCCUUUCGUUGUGUUGAUCAUUCUGUAUUAUAGAUAUCAGGCGGAUAUGAAACCUUUGCAUAAAGUACCUAUACACAACAUAACGAGAAUACACGUCGUUAGAAGUAUUACUGAAUUGAUACCCGAUAACCCGAUCAAAUUGGUGCCCAAACAGACAUAAAAAUUGGGUUUGGCGUCCAAGCGAUUUGAGAUGUUUUUUCGAGACAUGUACGCCAUAUAAUGAUGCUUACUUAACUAAAGUAUAAAUGAUAAAAUAAUAUUUAUAAACCGGAAAUAGUAAAUAUAACUUUACGAAACAGGAAAUGUUUGAUUAUAUAUAAUGCUAUAUGGUAACUUACAUAAUAGAGCACUCAUCAUAUCGUUAUUUCAAUGAGAGACUAUCCCUAUGGUUUCAUAAAUGAGAUAAGAUUAUUUUUAUCUUACUUCUGCGGUAUAACAAUCGAUAAAACACGUUCACGCGAAAUUUUCAAUCUCAAUGCGAUAUGUGUAAUUCCUCGUAAAAUUGUAAUUAAUUAAUUCCGUUUUGUUUUUAAUUUUUCUUAAAAUUAAAAUAAUACAUAAUAUACAUAUUUUAAUCUCUUCAAUUGGCGUGAUAAUAAGUAACAAAAGGUAGGUAAUAAACAAGAGACGGCUGACUGAAAAAGAACAUAGGUGCAUCGUUAAUUAUUAUUACGUACACAUAAACUGUUAAUCUCCGUUAUUUAAAAUAAAAAAUUUAAGUCAAUACAAAACAAUUUACACAUAUCGAUUUUAAUCAACUAAUGUAAUUUUCUCUAUAAAUAACAAACUUACAACUUGUUUAAAUAGGUAGUGAACUUUGGAUUUGUUAUGUGCUUAUACACCUACUAUUCCAAAGAACCUUGAAUAAUUUGUUAUUGAAAAUGAUGUGCUUGUUUUCUCUUUAUACAUUGUUUUUAAAUUUUAAAAACAAUGUAUACAAAUAACGAUAGGACGAAAUGCUAUAAGUAUCCAGGAAUUUAUUACUUAUGUUAAACCGUCUAAAUUUUAACAUUAAAAUUUUACUAUAGAAUAUUAUUAUUGCAACAUAUUUUAGUUGUAAUUCAAACCUAUUAAUAUAGGUACGUAUAUAAUAUUAUUUCAAAUUGUAUCAUUUGUUCGAACUUUUAUUUUAUUUAUGCGUUAGAAAAACAUGUAUAAUGCGAUAUAAUCUAAUCACGUAUUUUCAUAUUUUAAUAUAGGGCCCCACGAUUCCUGCGAUGAACGCUUUAUUGGCUCAAUGGGUGCCAGUAGGCGAACGAUCUCGUAUUGGAUCAUUUGUAUUCGCAGGUAAAUAUACAAUAUAUAAAAAUAUAUUGCUAACUUUAUUUAUUGAUGAAAUAAAUAACAAUAAAUUGUUUAAAUCGUCAAUACUCAAAAACCAGUAAAAAUGUUCCGUUAUUUUCAUAUGUGAUAUUUAAAACGUGUAGAUUUUACACCCGAUAUAGUACUAUAUUUGAAAUACACUUUUUAAAUUACUUUUACUGUUCCGAAGAAUAAAAAAAAAAAACAUAUGCAGCAAAGUUUCAUCGCUAGUCAAAUUUUCCCUCGGCAAACUUGUUGCAUAUCCUAUUCAUAUAAACACAUUUUAACCAAGAUACUUUCAUGAAUAUGUGUAAGAGUAUUUAAAACCCGCCAUUUCUCACGAAAUUAUGAAAUUUGACCAUAAGAAUGGUUGAAGAGGGGGUUGAAAGUUGAAAUCAUAUAAAGGAACAUCUUUGAUAUUCACACCAUUCGUGUACGAAAUUUUGCCUCCCUGGUUUCAUCUUGGGGAUCUGUAUAAAGCUAAUAAAACACGUUCCUUCCGAAACAACAGCGUCAAGUUCAUAUUGAAGUUCAACUAAAAUGUUAUUACUUUAAUCUGCCUAUAAAAAACCUUAAUACCCGAGUUUUAACUCUUUUGGUCCACAGGGACACGCUAAAAAUAUCCAAAUGUACUGGAAAACAGAUAGAUAAAUAUCAUAAAUAUAAUACCAUGUAAUAAUAGUCUCUAUUUUUGGGGAAAAUUUGACAAUGAGGAAUUAAGAGAAUAUAAAUUAAAUUAUACUACGGUCUAUGUAUAUAAUGCUCUAUACAUUCCUAACUUCCUACCUAUUACAGUGGCCUACCAAUGACGCAAAGUAUAUCGGUGGUUUUAUUACUUACCAUCUAAAUUCGUUGUUGCCGUUAGGUAAUAUGAUCGGUACGAUUGUCGCUCAAAGUUCAGCCGGCUAUCUGCUCAAGAUAACCGAUGACGAUUGGCCUUUGGUGUUUUACGCGUCCGGAGUUGUGGCGCUGGUUUGGUACGUGUUCUGGAAUUUCUUGGUUUAUAACACGCCUAACGAACAUCCCACGAUAUCCGAACAAGAACUUAACUACCUAGAACGUCAUCUGAAAGGAGUCAAUAAAAAUAAGGUAAGUACCGACGUGUUAACUAUUUUAUCAUUGGUCUUAGGGAAGAAGGGUAGAGGUCAAUUUUUGAAUAUUUUUUUUUUAUAAUUCCGUCCAAUAUAUAAUUCCCCCGCUUUUUUUUUUUUUUUUGAUCAAAAUUGAAUCAAUGUUUGUACAAUGUGCAUACUAAUAAAAUUUACUUAAGCCCUUUUUCUCUGGGGCCGAAGAUAAUAUACUAUAAACCACAUUGAUUUACGAUUUUCAAGUGCUUCGGCGUCGGGAGUAGGUAUAAUGUAAACGCAGCGUUACUCAAAAUGUUAAAUUUCUUUUGACAUAUUAUUGCAUAUUUAUAAUAGGUAUGUAUUACAUAAAAAAAAAUUAAUGUUUAUCGUAAUUAUAAGUUGAAUAAUUUUUGACAUUAUAGAAUAAACUAAAAUCCACACCGUGGUCGGCCAUGUUGUCGUCGGGUCCAAUGUGGGGUUUGAUGAUCGGUCAAAUCGCGCACGACUGGGCUCUGUUCAUGAUAAAUGCUGACUUGCCAAAAUACAUGAAGAGCGUCAUGAAAUUUUCCAUCGCAGAAGUAAGUUGAAACGAUUAUUAUUGGAAUAAAUAGCAAUUUGAUGCAUUUUACACAAUAAUUUGAUUAGGUUAAUAGCGUUCCAUUUAAUUAUGAGCAUAUAUUUAUUACAAUAAAUUUGUACGAAAAAAUUAUAUUGUUCCUUAAAAAAAAAAAUCCUUUUUGAAACUCGCCAUAACCGUUUGUAUGUAUUUCCAUUUUUGCAUAAUUUUUAAAACUCAAUAUCUUUAGUAUUUUUAAUUCCUUUUAGCCAAAUUUCAGUUAUUUAGGUAUAAAAUGAUUAUUGGAACGUGUGGCUCAUUUUUUCCAAACAAAAUUGCGUAGCUUUCAAAAGUUACGGAUAAAAUUGGACAUGAAGUUCAUUCAUUUUUUUUUUUGUUUUUACAAUUUCCGCUAUUCUAGACUCAAUUAUCGUCAUAGUAUUCAACAUUGUUGUACUUUUCUACACGGCCGUUUAUAAACAAUUUUAAUAAAUUAAAAAUUGUUCAUAGUUUAUUAUUUGUAUUUAUUAAUACUAAUACGUGUUUGGUGUGUUAAUAAACAUAUUACAUUUUAUCAGACAGGCGUAUGGAGUUCAAUGCCUCACUUGCUGAUGUGGGUUUUCGCCAUAUUAACGGGAUGGCUAAGUGACUACCUGAUAACUAACGAUAAAUUAGAAAUAUUGCAACAAAGAAGAUUGUUUUCAACAAUAGGUAUUUAUGUGAUAUAGUAUAGUUAAUAGUUAAAUAAUUAUGAAAGCCCUGUUUUGAUUUUAUUUUUUAUCGGUAUAAUUUCAUUUAUUAAUAAAAUAUUUAGACCCGUUUAUCAUUUAAAAGACCGUACUAUAUACAUAUUUGGAGAUCGGCGAAGCUGACUGAAAUCUUGUAUAAUAUUUGCACCUGUCCGCCUAUCGAUUAGUGUAAAAUUUAUGAAAACCGGUUUGAUUUAAAUUGAAAAUUCGAUUUUUCGCAAAAUACCGAACAAUAAUUUAAACCAUGCGCAUUUUUCUAGCUUGUGUUGGACCUAUGUUGGGAACGCUGGCGGCGUCGUACGCGGGCUGCGACAAGGUAAAAGUAGUGGCGUUGUUCACCAUAGGCAUGGCCACCAUGGGCUUUUUUUAUUCGAGCAUGAAAGUGAACGUAAUGGAUUUGAGUCCAAAUUACGCGGGUCCCGCGAUGGCUUUGGUGAACGGAGUCGGAGCCGUUGCCGGAAUUGUUUCACCACCUCUCAUCGGAUACCUCAUACCAAACGUAAUGAUGAAAUUCAGCAUUUUCAUAUCAUCAUUUUUUUGUUCUCAUUUGAUUUUUGUUUGUAGAACACUUUAUUGGAAUGGCGAAAUGUGUUUUGGAUCAGUGGUGGUGUAGUUAUAGUGGCGAAUAUGAUUUACGUCAUGCUAGCUUCGGCGUCGAUUCAGUGGUGGAACGAUCCGGUGCCUACCACUGAAACAAACGACGGUAAUUAUUAUAGUAUCUUAUGUAAUACAUUAUUUGAAUUUAUCUUCGUCUUUAUCUUAAGCAAGAUAAAGGUAAGGUCAGUAUUGUUAUUCUCGCUGGCUGUAUAAUAAACAGUCGAGUCGCGAUAACUCGAAGUUGAAGCGGGAUGAAAAAUUCGCUUCGAGAUAUGUAUUAUUCAUGAUGCCUAACUCGAAUUUAUCACAAUUAAAUCAAAACUUUGAGUUAUGCAAUGAAAUAUAAUUUUAAAAUUUAACGAUAAAAAAAAAACGUUAUGAAAUAAAAUAAAUACAGUGGUAUCAUAAGUAUGAUACCAUGUGUAUUACAUAAUACAUACGAGUAUGUAUUAUUCAUUAGAUAAAUUAGUAAAAAAUUGGUGUGGGGAGUUACUUUAGGGAGACCAUUUUUCAAUUUUCUCAAGAGUUUUUUCAUAAAAUGCGAAAAACUGGAAAAAAAAAACGGAAAAUUGUACUUUUGACUUUUGUUCAUAAAUAUACCUUUUUAUAUUGGAUUCGUAUCUUCCAUUCAUUAAAUUAUAAUAUCAAAAUAAUUAUCCAACCAAACGAAAGAAAAAAAAAGGCGUAUUGUUAUGUUGUAUAUAAACAAUUAUUUUAAAACUAUCGGAGUGUUUUAAUGGAUAUAAUAUAAAUUAUAAUUAAUUAUUGAGCUGUACGAUAAUAAUAAUAACAUGUUCGGAAAUCAAAAUUAUAAUUUCAUAAUAUUCGUUGGGUCAUCCACUUUGUAAAUACACGCGGGUGGUAAAAUAAUUAUUUUGUCGAUCAAUAAUUAGUCACCUAUGACCUAUCAAUUCAGUGAAUAAUCGGUUUUUUUUUUUAAAUAUAAGUUUAUUUAACUUUAAAUUAAUUUCAUUUUUAUUUUCAGAGGCUGAAUUGUAAAAAAAAAAAAAAAAAAUGUGCAUAUCGCCAUAUUUUUACUCAGACCGCAGUCGGGCUGAGAUUAUUAAAAAAGAAAAAAAAAACGUAUUACGGGAACAGUGAGUUUAAAAAUGUCGAAAUAUUGUUAAUAAAUCAACAUUUUGAUUUGUUGCAUCAUUCGCAUUUUCUCAUUCUGUUGAAUAUCGCUGGGACGAUACGGCGGUAAAAUCUUUUUAGACGGUAAUAAUUGAUUUUACUUUACGUUAAUUUGUCCCGACGCAAUCAAUUAGAUUAUAAUAUUUGAUAAUUUGUAUCAACUUGAGUUAUUUUAUGAUUAUUGUUAUUUUUUUUAAUUUGUAUGGGAUUUCGUAAUAUUUCGAAAUUCAACAACAAAUACAUUUAUACUUUUCGAAAUUAUUUUUAUUUUUUAUUAGAGUUAAAAAUAUUGUACCCACUCCCGUGUAUUCAAUUUUUUCCGCAAAAACGCGAAACAAAAUAUUACUUAUAUUAGAAUAACUAUAUUUUUCGUCAUGGUUGACAGUUGAGACUACGAUAAGUGGGCAUAGACAAUAAAUGUCCAUAGAUGUGAUAUUUGUUGCCUAUCGUGUUUAUUGUAAACCGACGGUUUGUUUGCACGUAGAAUUUUUUGUUAUAGCUACGAUUGCACGCGAGAAUAAUAUUAAAAACAAUGUAAUAGUUUUAAUCGUAAUAAAAAACAAUUAAGACGAGAAUAUUUAAAUGUCGACUCGAAACGUUUAGCCGCGUCAUAACUUUUCGUAGUUAUAUUAUUUUCAAUUUGUUUACUUUUUAGUGUUUAUGUGUUCAUAUUAUGCGUGUUUGCACGUAAAUCAUAACGAUAUUGUAAUUAUAUGUUUAAGUUACGUAGGUGUUAAAACGAUACAUUGUAAGUAUUAGCGAUGUUUGUAUACAAAAUAUAAUAUUUAUGUACUGUUAAUAAAAAAAUGGAUUAUCAAUCGUGAACUUAUCGGCAACUUAUGUUACCGAUAGUAUGGACGUGGUAUUGUACCGCCCGCUCUCAGACGCGUCUCAGAUGACUCGAAAACCAGGCCGAACAUAA